AUGACUUCAUCCGCAGCGACGCUGCACCUGCCCGAUAUCAUCGUGGUCAAGAGGCUCGAAGUGCGUAUGAUCGUCGGCGUUGACAACUGGGAACGUGUCCAAGCUCAGCCCGUCACCAUCGAUGCCAGAGUCCACACCGACGUCUCCCAAGCUGGCAAGUCGGACCACCUUCCCCACAGCAUUCACUACGGCAUUCUCGUCAAGCAGCUGGAAGCUCACUGUGCGGACCACCGCUAUCGCAGCCUCGAGGCGCUGGCCGAAGGUCUCGCCAAAGUCUGCAUCUUCGUUCUCCACGCUCCUAAGGUCACUCUCAACGUAGAAAAGCCUCGCUCUCUCCUCCAUGCUGCGUCUGCUGGCGUACAGAUCGCGAGAACCUCUGCCGAUUACAUGCUUGGCGAGACCCAUCCUAUUCCAGCCAACAUCGAUCCUACGCAGCAUCUGGACGAGCUGAGACUCUUGCCUUCCUCCACACUAGCUCUAGACGACAAGGUCAUCGUCCGCGACCUUAUCAUCAACACCAUCGUCGGCGUCAACCCAUGGGAGCGGGAAGACAAGCAGGAUGUCAAACUGAACCUCGUCGUCUACUCCGGCCUCUCUCGUGCCCGCAACUCCACCGCGGGUCUCGUCGAUGUCGUCAACAAGCCACACAACUACCGCACCAUCACCCGGAGCAUUUCCGAGUAUGUCGCCGCAAGCUCGUACAAGACGGUCGAAAGCCUUGCCACGUCAAUAGCAAGGGUUGCCAUUGUCCAGAACAAGGUCGAAAAGAUUCGCGUCAGCGUCGACAAGCCGAGCGCCAUUAUGUUUGCCAGCAGCGCAGGUGUAGAGGUCGAGCGGACUCGCGAGUUCUUUGAGCAGGAAGCUUUGCAAGAGGAGCAGCAGCUCCGUGCUCAAACUGCCUCUUCGUCGAAUGCAAAUGCACUUAUCAAGGCCAACGCCACAGCGACCUUCGAGCAAGGCUGGCACCUCGCCGCCAUCGCUCUGGGCUCGAACGUCGGCGACCGAGCGGCCAACAUCGAAGCGGCAGUCCAAGCCCUCAGCGAGGCCAAGGACUGCCUUCUCGUCGACACCAGCUUCCUCUACGAGACGGCUCCCAUGUACGUCCUCGAUCAGCCAAAGUUUCUCAACGCCGCCUGCCGUAUCGCAACAAAGCUCAGCCCACACGACCUGCUCUCCCUCACGCAAUCCAUCGAGGUCAAGCUCGGUCGCGACAAGACUGGAGUGCCCGAAAAAGGACCACGAUCCGUCGAUCUCGACAUCCUGCUCUACGACAAUCUCGAGAUCGACGAUGCACCACGGCUGGUCGUCCCGCAUCCGGGCAUCAAGGAGCGCGAAUUCGUGCUUGAGCCGCUCAAAGACAUUCUGCCCGACUUUGAGCAUCCGACGUACUCGCGUACUAUGUCCCAGCUACUGGUCAUGCUGCAAAAGUCGCCCGAUUACGAGUCGAGCGGGAUUCGAAAGGUGCUUCCCAUCCCAUCGCCUAGCACAAGAUCGACGAGUCAAUCGACGGACACAAAGACGUGGACGUGGGGCUCCAAGACGUUCAUCAUGGGCAUCAUCAACGCGACCCCAGACUCCUUCUCGGAUGGUGGCGACAACCUAGUCGCGGUCGACGCCGCAAGCUCAGCAAAAGCGAUGGCCGAACAGGGCGCUGAUAUCAUCGAUGUUGGCGGCAUGAGCACCGCUCCCAACGCGGUCGAAGUGGAUGCCGAAGAAGAGACGAGACGCGUCGUGUCCGUCAUCAAGGCCAUCCGCGAUGCAAGCAUCACCACACCCAUCUCGGUCGACACUUUCCGCGCCUCUGUCGCAGAGGCAGCCCUCUCCGCUGGCGCAGACAUAAUCAACGACGUCUCUGGAGGUGAGCGCGAGCCCGCCAUUCUCGAGGUUGCCCGCAAGUGGAAGUGCCCUUGCAUCCUGAUGCACAUGCGCGGGGACAGCAAGACCAUGAAUGGGCUGGUCAAGUACGAGGGCGGAGACGUCGUGGCGGGUGUUCGUGCCGAGCUGGAGAUUCGACUUGACAGAGCGCUGCGGGCUGGUGUUAGGCGGUGGAACAUCGUCCUCGACCCAGGCAUCGGAUUCGCCAAGGACAGCGCUGGCAACCUGUCGCUCCUUCGCGAGCUCUCACGCCUCACACUGCCAGAAUCAGUCGCCAAGUCGACCAAGGGCAGAGGCGUGGCAUUCUCCGGCACAGCAACGCCAGCUCUGGACCGAUCUACGGACGACUCGCUCUCGUCCGCAUCACUGUCCGCCGCGACACAAGGCGAUGCAAUUCAGGACUCCAUCACGCGACCAUGCUGCUCGCUCGUCUCGUUCCCAACGCUGGUCGGCGUGUCAAGGAAGAAGUUCCUCGGCCACAUCACGGGCAAGCAGGACCCCAAGGAGCGGGUCUACGCCACGGCGGCCGCGUGCACCGCCGCCAUCGCUGCCGGCGCCGACAUCCUCAGGGUGCAUGAUGUAGAGCAGAUUCGAGAUGUCGCCGUCACUUCGGAUGCUAUCUAUCGUCAAUGA